GGUGGUGACGAUUGGGUCGUGGCUUUGUUGUGUCUUCAGUUCGGUGUUGUUUGCCUUAAGGUUCGCACACGCACGGCUUUUCCAUCAUUUUGAAAAAAAAUAUCUUUGACUUGACAAAAAAGAUACAAUAUCUAUCAACAAUAUUUUCGGAUUACAAACAACAACAAGUUGCGAAAUCCUUUAGAUAAAGAUAAACCUUUCCAUCAUACACAAAGAUACUCGUACCUAUCUAAGAUACUUUCUGUUGUUUGAAUAGAAAAACGCAAAGUUCUCUGUUUGGGCCUUUGUUCGGUGUGUAGAUAGAAUUCUUACCGUUACCGUCGUCAUAUUUACGCUCGAAGUCAAACCAUUCGGACUGUUCGAUUUUUUCGGUUCUCCAAAAAUUUGUUUUCGAUUAGACCCCAUCAAACCAAACUGCUGACACUUAAAGUGCAUAAGAUAUUUAUUCUUCACGUGUGAAUUGAAUUGAAACGCGGAUAAAACUUGAAAAUUUUGUGUCGAAAACAUGCAACAACUGCAAGUGCGGAAUAUUUUAUAAAAUAAAUCAAUUUCAAUUUCGAAAUAAAAAUUGAAUAAACUACGAAUCGAUUUCGAAAAGAUUCGUGUUUUGAACGUGUGUUGAGUUGUGUUUUUUUGAUUGUUUCUUUGUUUUUUUGAUUGUUUUGGAAGUGUACCUGAUUGUUUAUCGAUUUUGAAUUGUUUUUUUUUUUAUUUGAGGGCGCUAUUUUUGAAAAUUAAACUUGCACCUAUGUCGAAAAAUUGUGAUCUUCAGGAUUAAUUUAAAUACGAAACGAAAUAAAAACGCUGUUGUAGAGUAAAGUUGGGGUUUUUUAUUCGAAUACGAGGAGAAAAAAAUGCUUUUGGGUACACAAAACCAUUGCAACGGUAAUUUGGCAGCAUCAAAAGGCGCAACGGAUUUCUCAAUUGCAGCAAUUAUGGCCCGAGGUGGUGCCUCAAGUCGUGAACCAUCUGAAAGGAGUUUGAUUUCUUUUAAAAAAAAACUUACAGGUCCCUUGUCGGUUGAUCGUUUUCCCGAAGUCGAUGAUGAUGUUGAUGUUGAUGUGGAACAGUGUAGUGAUUCAGAAGCACCAUCAAGAUCAUCGAGAGGUCAACAAAAUCGCUCGUCACCACAGAGUCCAUCCACAGAAGAUGACAGAUUGUCACCGGAACCAGCUCAGCCACAACCAAAAAUUACCGGAUCGUGCAAUUGCGAUGAACUGAAACCAGUACAAUGUCAUUUGGAAACAAAAGAGUUAUGGGAUAAAUUUCAUGAACUUGGCACAGAAAUGAUUAUUACCAAAACUGGAAGACGGAUGUUCCCUACUGUACGAAUAAGUUUUUCGGGUCCUUUAAGACAAGUACAACCAGCCGAUCGAUAUGCUGUAUUAUUAGAUAUUGUAUCUGUAGAUUCAAGAAGAUAUCGUUAUGCAUAUCAUCGAUCAUCAUGGUUGGUUGCUGGUAAAGCUGAUCCACCACCGCCAGCACGAUUAUAUGCCCAUCCAGAUAGUCCAAUUAGUUGUGAGGCGUUACGCAAGCAAGUUGUUUCAUUUGAAAAAGUGAAAUUAACAAACAAUGAAAUGGAUAAAAAUGGACAGAUUGUUUUAAAUUCAAUGCAUCGCUAUCAACCAAGGAUACAUUUGGUUCGUCUAAGUCAUGGCCAAAGUAUACCAACUUCACCUAAGGAACUUCAAGAGCUCGAUCAUAAAACAUUUGUAUUUCCCGAAACUGUGUUCACUGCUGUAACAGCAUAUCAAAAUCAAUUGAUAACCAAACUGAAAAUCGAUUCGAAUCCAUUUGCGAAAGGAUUUCGAGAUUCCUCGCGAUUGACAGACUUUGAUAGACUUUGUUUUGCUGAUAAUAAUUUUGGUGAAUCUAUCAUGUCGUAUUUGGCUGGUAAUAAUAAUAGAGAUCCAAUGGAUGCCCUUUUAUUGGAACAACAUCUCCGAGCACCAUUACGUCUGUUUCCUGAUCCUCUAAUGCAACAAUUCACGCAGCAAGAUGCCGAUGCUGCUUCGAUGGCAAUUCUGGAGAAAGCCCGUCAGCAUCUGCAGAUGUGGGGUAGGUCUCCAUACACUGAAUUACUCCUGCCGCAAAUGUACCAGCGUCCCACCUUAGGCGCCCUCAAUCUUGGUCUUUGGCAGCAGCAAUGGCCUCAACUGCAAGCUGGUUUCUUGGCUAGUGCGAAUGCAGCAAAUCAAGCCCGUUCUCCACCACCGCCACCACCAGCUUCGACGCCCUCCAGUUCCGGAUCACCAUCGCCGGAUAUGCGAGCGAAACACUUUCAACGUUUCAGCCCCUAUCAGCUACCACAGCAUCCUCCAACUCCUAGAAGUCCGCCAAAUUAAAAUGGACACUUGGAGUGAUGAGUGCGUGAACGUAAGUGUGAGUGCAAUUUGGAGACUUUUCAAACCUAUGUACAGACGAACCCGAUUAACUCCCUCAUCUGAUGCAUAUGAAAAACUAAAACAAAAAUAUUUGUGGCAACAUAUUUUUCUAUAACGAAUUUUAUUUGGUUAAACCGCUUAGUGUUUCUUUUUUUUUAGUAAAUUUAUUUAUUAUUUAUUGCCUUAGUGUAAAGUAUAUAAAAUUUAAUGUAUAAAUAAAAAUAUGGUGGGGCUUUUAUCGCUUUAUCAGCCUCAAUAUUCCUACAAAAAAAAAAAGAUGAAAAAAAACCAAGAUAUGUCGUCCCGUGUAAUGAAAAUCAAAAAGAAAAUUAAAUUAAAAAAAAAAUCAGUAUUAUUGUUAAAAAAAAUAAAAACAU